GCAAUGGCAGGGCUGUCACCAGCACAUACAAAAUUAUAAUAACAGUGUAAAUUCUUCUUUUUUCCCUCUUUCUCACUACUUUUCCAGCCAUGAUUCUACGUACAUUUCGACAAAUUCAAAACUACAGUCGUUACUUUGCACAGCUUCUGGCUCACAAUUUCAAAUUUACAACAGCCAAGUUAAUAGUGAGCAACAGGCAGUGUCGCAACUUGGCAGCCCUAUUGACUAUAGUAGCGGCAGCAGAACCGAACAGAAAGAAUCGUAGGCGAAGCAUUAGUAAAGCCAAGUAUAACAUGAGCUUGGAAGGCAAGGCACACCAUUAUCUUAAUUCCCUAAAAGUGCGCUGGAUGCAGCUACACGAGAUCCCUGGACUGUUUGCCUAUCAGCUGCCGGAUACUAAACCCAACCGUCUACUCAGGGGCAAGCAUGGUUUUUAUGCUGAGUUAAAUGAAAAUCGUACAUUGAAACGUCGUGCGCCACAGACAAUAGAAAAUCUGAAUCCAACGUUCAAGCCAAAGGCAUUCAACUUUAACAAAGUGGAUGCGCUAGAGGUAAUGAUGACCAUCGAUAAGGAGAAAGACAAUGCUGAGGUGCAGAUGAUUAUCAACAAAAGCCCCAUCACCAAGUACCACACUCUCGUUUGUCCGGAUGUAAAGAGCAACCUGGUGCAGCGCAUAACGCCAGAGUCGCUAAGCUUUUGUGUCAGAUUUAUGCGCAGCAUUAAGGAUCCCGCCAUGCGUCUAGGUUAUAACAGUCCAGGCGCCCUAGCCUCAGUGAAUCAUCUGCAUUACCAUCUGCUGCAAAUACAUCAAGAACUCUACAUCGAUCGCGUGAAACUGGAGCCGUUGGCGGGUGGCUAUGCCUAUCGCCUUAGUCAGGAUUCGCCUACCGAGGCAAUUUGCUUUGUCAUAGAGCGAAAGGAUGAUGAGGAACAAGUACGCGAAAAGAUACAAACUAUAUACAAGCUAACAGAAUGCUUGUGUAACAAUAAUCUACCGCAUAAUGUGUUUAUGACGCGACAUCGUCAGACGGACAAUCUGCAAGUGUUUGUGUUUGUGCGCCAGAAGUACUGCGUCAAUAAAGAUCUCGCCGAUUUUAACGUAGGAUUCUGUGAGCUGGUCGGCUAUCUGCCAAUGGGAGAUCCGCAAAGAUUAGAACGCAUAACAGAGACUGAUGUGCUAGAGCGAAUACGUGAUAUCACAGGCAGUGCAUACAAGGACAUUUAUCAGUUGGUGCAGCAUCUAGUCAGUGGCACUAUUGAUUCCUACUUUCAGUUGCCGUUUACAAUAUGAUUAAGGCAUAUAAACAGAUUUAUUUUUUACAAAACUCAUGCUGCAUUGGAACUGAAGCCUUUGCCCAUUGCCGCCUUGGCGAUCACUUUGGUAUUA